CUUGAUGGAGUUAAUGAUAAAGCUAUAAAAUGUAUGCCUUUUCACUGUCUCAACGUGUGGAGUACACGGAGGUCAAAGAUAAACGUUGUUUCACAAUUAUAACUUGGCUUACCUGAAAGUUUUAUUGCUCUUAAGAUAAACAGAAACAACUUUUUUACGGCAAGUUUUAGGAGCGUGCCUAUCGCUCGCAGACGUAUAGCACGAUUCACGCAACCAUUGUUUCGGAGAAAUUUACACAUAACUCGGAAAUUGAACCAAGCUAUGGCGGUCGACGGUAACAAUAUACUGGCUGAAAGUCUAAAAAAACAGGGCAUUGAAUAUGUAUUUGGGAUUGUUGGUAUUCCUGUAAUUGAAACCUCACUUGCAUUACAAGCCGCAGGACUCAAAUAUGUAGGCAUGCGCAAUGAACAAGCUGCAUGCUAUGCCGCUCAAGCCAUUGGAUAUUUAACAGGAAAACCAGGAGUAUGUCUCGUGGUAUCAGGUCCUGGGCUACUUCACUGUAUAGGCGGCAUGGCAAAUGCACAAGUGAACUGCUGGCCCCUUUUAGUUAUUGCCGGCUCCUGCCCCGAAGAUCAUGAGGGUAUUGGUGGCUUCCAGGAGUGGUUGCAGGUGGAAUCAAGUCGUAUGUAUAGCAAAUACGCAGCGCGGCCGCCGUCUCCGCGCCUCAUACCUCUGCACGUGGAGAAGGCGGUGCGCUACGCCAGCGCCGGCCGCCCCGGCGUCUCCUACCUAGACAUGCCUGCUACGCUACUGACGGCUGAGAUAGACGAAGACAAAGUGCCCCUAGACUACUACAAUGCUGGGCCUAUUCAACUUGCUCACCCAAAUCCAGAGUUAGUGGAGCAAGCUGCAGACUUGCUCUCCAAAGCAGAACGACCUCUCAUCAUAGUCGGCAAGGGCGCAGCGUAUGGACGGGCCGAGGAAGCUGUGUCCAAGCUGGUGGAAGCUACUAAGGUGCCAUUCUUGCCAACACCCAUGGGCAAGGGCGUGGUACCGGACGAGUCCGCGUACUGCGUGUCGACGGCGCGCACGCAGGCGCUGCUGCAGGCGGACGUCGUGCUGCUGCUCGGCGCGCGCCUCAACUGGAUGCUGCACUUCGGACAGCCGCCGCGAUACGCGCCCGACGCCAAAGUUAUACAGGUGGAUAUAUCACCCGAGGAAUUCCACAACAGCGUGAAAUCCGAAGUGGCUGUACAUUCCGAUAUCAAGCCGUUCGUGGAGGCUCUCUCGCGGAAGCUCAGCGAGAAGAACUUCUCGCUCGCUCCGACCAGCAGCUGGUGGCAGGCGCUGAGCGAGAAACAGAAGAAGAACACGCAGUUUGUAGAGGAGCAAGCAAGCAGUAAAUUAUUGCCGCUGAACUACUACGCAGUGUUCAAGGCGGUGCAGGCGAAUAUCCCGCGGGACUCCAUCAUCGUGAGCGAGGGCGCCAACACCAUGGACAUCGGGCGCGGCAUCCUGCUCAACAACAAGCCCCGGCACCGCCUCGACGCCGGCACCUUCGGGACCAUGGGCGUGGGUCCCGGGUUCGCAGUGGCGGCCGCUAUGUGGUGCCGCGACUACGCUCCGGACAAGAGGGUCAUUUGCGUCGAGGGCGACUCUGCUUUCGGCUUCUCAGGAAUGGAGAUCGAGACGAUGUUCCGCUACAAGCUGCCGGUGAUCAUCGUCAUCGUCAACAACAACGGCAUCUACGGCGGCUUCGAGCGACAGGUCAUGGAGGACCUGCAGGCCAGCGGCGACCUUGCGCAAUGCACGCCACCAACAGCGCUGUCAACAGAAGUGCGUUACGAGAAGAUGAUGGAAAUGUUCGGAGCUAGCGGCCAUCUGUGCCGCACCGUGCCGGAGAUCAAGGCGGCUCUCAAGGAGGCUGUGAAGGUGACGGACCGGCCCAGCAUCAUCAACGUGCUGAUCGACCCGCAGGCGAGCAGGAAGCCGCAGGCCUUCAACUGGCUCACUGAGUCUAAACUGUGAUAACGAUAACUUAAACCCUCAGACUAAAUACAUAAGGACUAGUAUCGCACCCAAAUUCACGAACAAAAUUUUCUGCCAUUUUCUAAGGAAAACUAGCUUAGAUUUCAUACAUAUUUUAAACUAAACUAGCAGUGUUUGUUCAUUUUUUACACCAUAUAACUACAUAAAAAGGUAUUUUUACGGAGGUUUUUAACCGACGGACACGAUUUUAAACUAUGAAACAUCGAUUCUUUAGAGACAGUGUUUAUAAUCGCAUAAGAUCGUUGAUCAUAUACGUUGACAGAAAAAUAAUGUCUUGCGAGGCAGGUCUUUAUCUAAUUAGUCUGAGCUUAAACCGCUAUAACACUGGCGUUUUGUGAACGGUAGCGUUUUUCUAACUUUAAGACGGGAAAACGCUGCAUAUAAAUACUACCUUAAUAUCGCAAUUAUUUAGCAUCAAGCGUUUGUUGGACUACAAAUGAUUUUGAAAAGUUAAAAGCGCCAAAGGUUUACAGCUUAUUAUUCAGAAAUCUGUGUAUUCACAACACAGCACCAGUCAUGAUUUAAAAUAUUAAUAUUGUAAAUAAAUUUUAAACUUUAGUUUUAGACAGUUGCAUGCGGUGUUUACCUAUAAAAAGAUUUGCAUUUUAUCUUUCUGCUUCUUGCAUUUAUGUUUAAUAAUUGUAUUAUUUGUAUGUCUGUUGGUAGACCAAAUAAAGAGAAAAAAAAAAAAAAAAGAAAUCGCCAGUGGGAUAGCUACUUCACAUUUUUUUUUAAACGACGACGACGUAUUACUUACUGUAUACCUACCGCGGGUACUGAACUUUUGUACAUAAUAAACAUACAGACUUUCUUUCGCAUUUAUUAUAUUAAGUAUGAAUAUGAAGCUUCAUUACAUUUGUUUUAUAAUUUAAUUAUAAAGCAUUUUAAAGUAUAGCGCGUCUGUAUUUAUUAUUACGUGGAAAUUGUUUUAAGUCAUCGUAUCCCGUUUUUAUCUAGUCUCUAAAAUGGCGUCGUGUGUACAGGUCCUUUGAUCUAAAAAUAUAACCAUGCUUGGGAUUCAUAUUUUUGGUGUUACUAAUUUUAUUUCGAAAACUUGUUAAUACAAAAAAUAAAGUUCUAUUGUUUAUAUCAUGGGUGUGGUCUGUAAUAUUUUGUUAACAAGACAUUUUAAUAAGCAUACAAACAAAAACUGGGUUCUUGUAUUUUUGCUCAUAAUAUCUACUUAUGUACCUAGUGAAAGUUGAUAAAAAAAAACUGGUUAUUAGAUGAGUAUAUAAAAUAUAUUUUUGUAUUUGUAAAUAUUAUAUUGUAAUCUGUAUUUUUAUAAUAUAUAAUGUUUGUUAAAACUUUAGCAUUUGUAAUUAAUUCAGAUAAGCUAUAUAAAUGUGUGAACAAGGGGUUAGGUGCAAUGUUUAAUUUAUUGGAAAAGGUGUAAUAAGUAAAACAAAGAUGGCGUCAGAUUUAAUUCAUAUAUUGUCUGUCUAUUGAGUCAUCACAUCACAUGUUUGUAUAAGUUCAACUUAAAACAUUAAAUACAAUUAUAUGUUAUAUUAUAAACUAAA